AUGGCUGCCAAGAAGUGCUCUCUGCUGAAGGAAGUCAAUGACUCAACUGACAGAUGGAGAAUUACAGUUCGUGUGAUCAGGAGGUGGAAUGUCUACAAGAAGGAGUCUCCUACUGAGGUUUUUUGUGUGUCCAUGCUACUGAUAGACGAAGAGGGGACAAGAAUCCAAGCUUCUAUCAUGAACAAAAACCUAUUUGAUUGUUUUAGUGCCAUGGCAGUGGAAGGGAUAACUUAUUUUAUGGCUAAUUUCGUCGUCUCUCCAAAUAAUAAGGAGUACAGGGCAACAAACCAUGCUUUCAAACUGACACUAGGUACUUACACAUAUGUGAAGGAAGUACUUGCCCAAAUACCUGAAUACUCUUAUCAUUUCUUCCCUAUUCGUGACAUAAUUAAGAUGAAGGAGAGCAACCAUGUUGACUAUCUUAUUGAUGUCAUUGGAUUCGUUGCAUCAAUUGGGCAUCUAGAGGAGUACAAGUCUAACAAUGAGAUCAAGAACAAAUUGAGAUGUUGCUGGUAG